AUGAAGAGUCCUGCACCAGCUUACCAGGGGGUUGCCAAGCUACCACGCCAAUCCCCCAUAACCAUUCCUCCCCUCUCUGAGAUGGUGUUAUGGCUGCAGGUGAGUGGGAACCCUGCAGACCAAUCCAAUGUGUUUGUUGAACCUCUGCCUAAUAGUGAUUCAGAGUGCGGCCUGGUCCCGCUGAUCUGCUGCCGGCCUGGUCCCGCUGAUCUGCUCUCCCUUCUUCCGUGUGGAAUGUCUCUUGUCAAAGUUUUGUUUCCACACCACCAGACUCCUCCCCCAUUCAUUCAUAAUUCCCUUUUUGAGAUGGUGUUAUGGCUGCAGGUGAGUGGGAACCCUGCAGACCAAUCCAAUGUGUUUGUUGAACCUCUGCCUAAUAGUGAUUCAGAGUGGUGUGUGGGACGGACCCUGACGAGGCUCAACAGUGGCCGGGUCCCAUGUAGGGUAUGUAACCCUAACCCCUAUCCAGUGGAGGUGCCACAACGCCAACCCCUGGCUCAAGUAUCUGAAGUGGCUGCCUCAGACAUCAAAGGGGAGCAGGAACUGGUAUUGGACAGUGUGGCACCGGACAUUAUUGAAGUAACCGUAAGGCGUGUGAGGACUGACCUGACUGCAGAUGAAGAUGCUCACCCAGUUCUAUCUCUACAGGGGCAUGGCCUUGACCCGAGGGAACAACAGAGAAUGGCGGAGCUCUUGAAUAAAUGGAGGAGGGUGUUUUCAUGCCAUGACGAAGACUUUGGCCGAACGAGUGCAGUCCAACACCGAAUACCGACAGGCCCCGCCCCCCCUAGCCGUGAGAGGUACAGACCCGUCCCCCCGAGCUUGUAUACAGAACUCCAAGUGUUGUUGAAAAACAUGUUGGAGACUCGAGUGGUGCGGGAGAGUGCCAGCCCAUGGGCAGCCCCCAUUGUUCUUGUGAAGAAGAAAGAUGGGAGCUGGAGGUUGCCUGAAGGUGCCACCGGAGUGUUGAGGACUAUCGCAGACCAGACUGAAAUCGGGCUAGAUAUGGGAGAGUGGAGAGAGCGACAAGCCAAAGACCCAGACCUGGCCCUGCUACGCCAAUGGAAAGGGCAACAGCAGACUCUACCAGAGAACAUGAGACUGAAAGUUUGUGGCGGGUUUACCAUGAAAAGAUGGGACAUCCUGGCUGCGAAAGGACACUGGAGGCCUUACGACGACGGUGCUACUGGCCUAGAAUGA